AAUAGCCUGAUCGCACGCGUUUUUGAGUUAUGAAAGGACUGUUUAGUUUUGUGUUGUUGAUUAAAGGAAUAAACGAAUACAAAGAAUAUCAUGCCGAGACCUACAUAUAUUAUUGUCUGCUUUCUUUCAGUGCUCCAAGGGUUAUCCAGGAUGACACAGGGCGUCAGCGCAUCAACGACAGCUAACCAGCCCUUGGAAACCAUUCAUACUUCUUCAUUGGAGAUAGCUUCUACCGCGGGAAAGAAUCAGGAAUCGGAGACUUCAUCACCCGCUGAAAGUACAAAGACAAAGGAGACUUCAAAACUUCCGGAUCCUUCCCAGGCAAUGGAAACUUCAACACAUUCGGAAACUACACAGACAUCGGAUACAUCAACACCCUCGGGCACUUUAGGGGAAUCGGAAACUUCAACACCCUCGGGCACUAUAGAGGAAUUGGAGACUUCAACACCCUCGGGCACUAUAGGGGAAUCGGAGACUUUAACACCCUCGGGCACUAUAGGGGAAUUGGAGACUUCAACACCCUCGGGCACUAUAGGGGAAUCGGAGACUUCAACACCCUCGGGCACUAUAGGGGAAUCGGAGACUUCAACACACUCGGAAACUACACAGGCGACGGAAACUUCAUCACCCUCGAAACGUACACAGGAAUCGGAGACUUCAACACAAUCGGGAACUACACAGGAAUCGGAAACUUCUACACAUCCGGGAACUUCACAGGAAUCGGAGACUUCAACAAUCUCAAGCACCACACAGGAAUCGGAGACUUUAACACACCCGGGUACUACACACGUAUCGGAGACUUCAACACACUCGGAAACUACACCGGAAUCGGAGACUUCAACACAACCGGGAACUUCACAGGAGUUCGAGACUUCAACACAUCCGGGAACUACACAGGGACCGGAGACUUCAUCACACUCAGGGACUACACAGGAAUUCCAGACUUCAACACAUCCGGGAACUUCACAGGAGUGGGAGACUACAAUACACCAGGGCACUACACAAGAAUCGGAAACUUCAACAUCCUAUACAACUACACAUGAAUCAGGGACGUCAGAUCCCACGGGAACUACACAAGCAGCAGCAACGUCACCUGCGUUAACGACAGCGAACACGGCAAUGUCGUUUUCAACACCGGUUCUUUCAAGCACACAGGUACCGACAACUUCUAAUGCUGAAAGAACAACUUCGUCGAUUGCCUUGACAAUUACUACAGAUCCUUUAGUGUCUUCUGUUCACAUCAGUAGCCUAUUAAUGCAAAUACCAGCUUCACUUAUUGUCAAUGGCAGUGGCUUGACGGCCAAUAAUUCAACCAAGCAGACUCUUGUCAAAGAUUUCGAUGCCUCGAUGAACCAAUUGCUAGGUAGUACUACUGGUUUUAAAGAGAUUCGUGAAACGAGAGUCAAUGCAUCGCUGAGUUUCAGACGAGAAAUGCCGUCGGAUUCAAGAAUCGGUUUCAAUUUCGUUAUCUUCAUGGAAGGGGGAUCAAACCUAAGUUUAGUAAAUGAAAGUCUACCUAUGUCGGGCAAUCUUACACUUUUGAAUCAGACACUGUAUUUGACGGACUUGAGCAGUCUUCAAAACGCUGUAACAUAUGCCGAAUCGAAACUUGAAGCUGACGUGUGUUCAGUAUAUCCGACCGUGGAAAAGUGCAAAAUAGACAGCUAUACAUGCAAGCUUUCAGACGCAGAGAUAACGUGCACCCAUAAGUGUCGUAACUACACCAGUUGGUGCAAUGGAGAGUGCUACUUCGACGAUCUUCAGAAGAAAACCAUGUGCAGAUGCACGGGAGACGGCGGACGUUACUACGCUGGUGAAGACUGUAGCGUUAAGACAUACAAGCUAGCCAUCUCACCGGAAGCCGUCAUUGGAAUUAGCGCGGGUCUUGGUGGGGCUUUAUUACUCGUGAUACUCAUUAUUGUGUUGAGGAUGACACGCAACAGUAAGAAAGCAAACGGAAAUAAGGAAAGAUCAUUCAAGGUGGCUGGUUUCGAUCGAGAGGGCGAAUCGCAAUUGGAACUUAGGCAUUACGGUGAUUUUUGGCAAAACAGGCAUUAUGGAACAGACGUCAAUAGCUUUAGUGAGAGACCAUACACAGCGACGCAGGACAAUUUAGGAAAUCCGAUAUACUUAUACCGACCUAACGACAGAGAUGAGCAGCCGUAUACGGAUCUCAAACCUGGGUCAUCUUUGUCCAGCCUCAAUUUGCCUGAAUCUAAGUUCGAGAUCAGCCGACCCAAGAUUAUCCUUGGGCGGUAAAAGGAAACUCUGAGCCGUCUGCAAAAAUGUGACAUCAAAGGAGCGUGAUUUAGCCAAAAAAGUGCAUGGUCUUGUACACGCUUUGUUCAAUGUGAUUCGGCUUUAAAUUACCAACAGUUCGUAAUAAUGUUAUGUGUUUAUAGUCCCUGCUGGAUGCUAUGCUCGCUGAAUGUGCCAUAUUCUUGAUAAAGUUGCACAUGUUUGAUAAAAUACAAUCAGAAAUCACAAA